AUGACCGAGGCUACCCCCAACCUCACCGGCAAGAAGCUCAACGUACUAGUCUACGCCGGUUCGCUCUCCCAAUCUGCUUGGAGAACCCGUCUAACCGAUGACUCUGCAUUCACUCCAGGCAACGGCACCACCGUCGAAUCUGUCCGCCACUGCCUCUACACCCUCCGCCGCCUCCUCGCCCCGCACUAUGCCGUGAUCCCCGUCACGGCCGACAUGCUCGUCAAGGAGCCGUGGACGGCCACCUGCGCGCUGCUUGUGGUCCCCGGCGGCGCAGACCUGGGCUACUGCCGCGCGCUGAACGGCGCGGGGAACCGCCGCAUCGAGCAGUUCGUCAAGCGCGGGGGCGCGUACCUCGGUUUCUGCGCGGGCGGCUACUACGGCAGCCAGCGGUGCGAGUUCGAGGUCGGCGAUAAGACGAUGGAGGUAGUUGGGGACCGGGAGCUGGCGUUCUUCCCUGGGGUGUGUCGUGGGGGUGCGUUCCCCGGUUUCGUUUACCAUAGCGAGGCGGGCGCGCGCGCGGUGGAGCUGAAGGUCGCGAAGGAUGCGCUGACUGCUGGGGUUGUUCCGGAUGGCUUCCGGUGCUACUAUAAUGGAGGCGGGGUCUUCGUUGAUGCGAGAUUGUACGGCGAGAAAGGGGUGGAAGUGCUGGCCAGCUACACGGAGGAAUUAAAUGUUCAUCCGGGGACUGGAGCGGCGGCCGUCGUCUACUGCAAGGUGGGCGAGGGGAGAGCCAUUGUGACAGGUCCUCAUCCAGAGUUCGCGGCAGCAAAUCUCGACAAGAAGGCGGGCGGGCCUGAGUACGCCAAAGUGGUGGACGCUCUGGCGGCAGACGACAAGGCCCGGACAGACUUCCUGAAGGCGUGCUUGUCCAAAUUGGGCCUGCAGGUCACCCAGAGCACUACCACGGUGCCGUCUCUUUCCUCGCUACACCUGUCCUCCUUGGACCCGGCUGAUACCACCCGCAUCCGAUCGUCGCUCCAGGAGCUGAUUACCGCCGACGGUGAUGAGGAGUAUAUCAAGGAUGAAAACGAUACGUUCCGUUUGGAGAAAUCUGGAUCUGGAACAUGGGGCAUGGGGACACUGGGGGAGGCUCUGCCGGUCAGUGAAACAAGCGGUGACGAGGGCAUUGUCGAUUACAACGCAGUCAUCAAACCUCUUGUAAUUCACGAAGAGCUUCCACCAUCCAAGGCGACACCUUAUUUCAACCACCAUGCUUUCUACGCCAAUCUCGAGCACUACCAGUCACAGAUGCGCGAGGGGGCCGGCGAAUUCGGCUCAAGUAUCUUGUACGGCGAGGUGGUGACCAGCACGAAUACGAUCUUGGAGAAAAACCCUAAACUCCUCCGCAAAUUGCCCCAGGGCUUCACGGCGACAGCCACCACGCAGGUCGCCGGACGGGGCCGAGGCUCCAAUGUCUGGGUCUCCCCUGCUGGCUCACUGAUGUUCUCCACGGUCGUCAGGCACCCCAUCGAGAAGAUUCAAUCCGCCCCGGUGGUCUUUCUCCAGUAUCUUGCGGCCAUGGCGGUCGUCCGAGGCAUCAAGAGCUACGACGUUGGUUUCGAGAGCAUGCCGGUUAAGCUCAAGUGGCCCAACGACAUCUACGCCCUGGAUCCCGACAACCCGGACAAGAAGCAAUACUCCAAGAUUUGCGGCAUCCUCAUCAACUCCCUCUUCUCCUCCAACGAAUACAUCGCCGUGGUCGGCAUCGGCAUCAACGCCACAAACGCCUCGCCCACCACCUCGCUCAACGCGCUCGCCGCGCGCUUCGUCUCCAAACGCAGCGCCCCGAUCACGCUCGAGAAACUCCUCGCCCGCUGCCUGACCACGUUCGAGGAACUCUACACGCGCUUCCUACGCACGGGCUUCGACCGCGAGUUCGAGGAGAUGUACUACGACGACUGGCUGCACAUGCAUCAGACCGUGACGCUGGAAGAGGAAGGCGGCGCGCGCGCACGAAUCAAGGGCAUCACGAGGGACUAUGGGCUAUUACUGGCGGAGGAGCUUGGGUGGGACGAUCGGCCUACGGGGCGGGUGUGGCAGUUACAGAGUGACAGCAACAGCUUUGAUUUCUUCCGGGGGCUGGUCAAGAGGAAGGCUUAA